UAAGGGUUGCCUGGCAACGCGGUGGUCAGGUCGCUGGCGUAAACAAAAGCGAAGCCAACCGGAGGAACCACAACAAAUAGGUUUUUUCCUCAAUUGAAAAAGAAAGAAAUGCACAUAAUAUUGGAGGCGACAUUGUCGAGUGCGCAGCUGGCAUUGUCUGCAGAAUGUCCUUUAAGGAUGUGCGAGAUUUGGGCGAACAUCUCAAGCUGCUGGGCUUUCCACGAGUCUUUCCGCUGCAAUCGCUGGCCACGCAUCACGGCAGCCUCGCCAGCUUUCACAUUGUCGCCGAGCUGCUGCAGUGGCUCGCCGGCCUCCUUGAGCCGGGCGCUGUGCUCGCCGGUGGCGUUGAAACGGAGGAGCAACGUGUGCUGCUCAUUCGCUCCGCAACGGAAUUCUUUGUGACCAAAUCGGCGAUUCGUCUCAAUCCACGCAAACUGUAUGCGGCCGCCGCUGUCAGUGCGAUGGAGCUGCAGAAGAUUACACGUCUGCUGAUUGCACCUGGUCAGUCGGAGGCCGAGGAACGGGACGAGGAACGUGAACAGUAUCGCAGUCUCAAUCAGGUGGACAUCGGUGAUAAAAUGGAUGAUUUGCGACGGGCACGUGAACUCUCCACCGAUCUAACGCAACGCGGCGCAUCGCUGUUUGAUCUGCUGUCGCAGGAGUUGGUCAACAAGGAGGCGCGUCUGGCACAAGCGCAACGACCCAUGGAACUGCUGAGUGUGGAGCGUACCAUGAAGAAUGCCAUCCAGGCCAGCCAACUGAAGUUGCAGUCGAGUCGCGCACAGCUGGAGAAUGCCCGCAUCGAACUGAAUGCCCUGAAUUCGAAGCUGCAGCGAAAGCGUGCAGAGUUGGAGCGCACCAAGCAGCGGCUGGAGGCAUUGCAGAAGAUACGACCCGCGCAUAUGGCCGAGUUCGAGGAGUGCGAGAAGGAACUGCAGCAGCUGUUUCAGCGUUACUUUCUGCGACUGCAUGUGCAUGAUGCGUUGCGCACACAGCUGGAGGCGCGCACCAAACGCUCGGCCACGCCCAUUGCGUCGCCGUUGCUGCAGAAGCCCGCUGAGAACUCUAUGCCCUUCAUACCCGAGGGUCUGAUCGAGGACGAUGAUGAUGAUGACGAUGACGACGAUGUCGACAACGAUGGCGAUGUGGCACGUCACGGUGGCGGCAACUUUGGUCUUGAUGCGGAAAUACCUGAUAUACGGGACGAGGAUCUGAUGCUGCGACGCAGCAAGGCGGCGAAUGCAGCUGGCAAGCGUCCCGGAACUGCCACAUCACGUAUACGCCCCACCACCGGUCGCAGUCGUCGUGCAACAGCUGCAACUGCCAGCGGCAGCAAUAGCAACAACAACAGCAACGUGCCCCCAACACGCAACGGACGCGAUGGACCCGGCAGCAGCAUGCUGAACAGACGCGACGCCGACGACAGCAGCUUUGGCAGCUCCGAUAGCGAACUGGAUGUGGGCGACAUUAUGGGCUUGAGCGGACUAAGCGGAAAUGCGGGCACCGGUGACGAUGACUUUGAUCUCAACUCCAUCGAUGACAUCAGCAUAUCGAAGCUGACGGGAGAGUUGCCACUCCGUCCGAAGACGGCAAAUAAACAGGAGCAUCACAGCGAUGAGGACUUUUAAGUGGAUGUUAUCGAC